AUGUUCUCGUCUUCUCCUGCUCGCCCCCUCCCCCCCCCUCACACACACACUCCUUCGCCGUCUAAACCCAAUCCUGGGCAGAUGAGCGAGAAGGAAGAGAAAAUCAGUUUGCUCGAACGUGAAAAACAACAAUGGCGUAUUGAAUUGGAAGUACUCCAGGUCAAAUUGCAGAAUGCCACAAGUCUCUUGGAGGAUACUGAGAAUCGAUUGAAAAUGGCCACCCGGGAACGAUCUGCUCAAUUGCAUCGUGUGGCGCAGUUGGAGAACGAACGUGACGAGGCUAUUCGGGAAGCAGCCACAGUGGCUGGACGGGCUAAAAUACGUGUGCAACGAGACGCACUAAAUCGGGAACUGACAGAACUGAAACAAGUUCUGGCCGGAAGCACAGCAGAGAAUGCGGCCGAGAAACGUCAACUUCAGGCUCGUCUACGUGAACUGGAAGUGCACAAUGAGGCGCGUAUUACUGACUUUAAGUCAGAACUUGAACGAACCCGUGAAGAACUUGAACGUUUGCAAGUCGACCUGCAAACUUCCCAAACUGCAGAACGGGAACAGAAAUCGCUGAAUCAACAAUACAAAUGGAAAAUCGAUGAACUAGAGGAUCAGUUGAGCCAUUCGAAUAGGCGUAUUACUGCUCUGGAACGACGCAAUACCGAUUUGGACACCGAACUGGUUCGAGCCAAGGCAGACUUGAGUGCUUCUCGUGAGGCUGCCAGUCUACGACGUGCGGCCCGUGUACGCAUGGCUGACGAGUGGCUCCAAGCAGCAGAUGAUGACGUGACCGAUGAGGAUGAGAAGAACGCGCUAAGAAUCAACGAAAUGGGACAAGAAUCUCAAAGCGAGGAAUCCUCAGCUGCAUCUAGGCUAUCGAGAAUGGCCGCUGGACGAAACCGAUCCAGCUUCCGGGAUAUGCAAAUGUCCAAGGCCAAUUCAUUGUAUCGAUCUAAUCCAAGCAUUUUCCGCGACAGUCUCGGCUCCAUGGGUGACAAAACAUCAAUGUCACGCGGAUCUUCGAACACACUCGAUCGAAUUGACGAUCGUACCGGACCUCGUGACCCACUACGUCUCCGAGCGCUACGUACGGCCGGCUUACCCCGUUCUAGCAUGUACACGAAAGCGGACGUAAAGCAGUUUGAAACCACACAAGAGGAAAAACCUGAAACGGCAACGGAAGCUAAUAAGAAAGAAACGGCAGAGGAUAGCGAGUCCUAA